GCACAGAAACACACACACGUCCACGCACACACUCAUGCAGAGACACACACGUACACACGCUCACCGAGCUCUUCUCCGACAGAGGAGAGAGAGCGAGCGCAGAGAGGGAUAAACAGAGGGAGAGAGAGACUAUAGGAACGCAGCGGCUUGUGUGUGUGUGUGUGUGUGCGCGCGCGCGUGUGUGUGUAGGUACGCUCGCUCGGUGGUAGAAACGACUGGCGGGGCGGAUAUGGAGGGGCUCGGGAAAAACGCUGGGAACUGACCGAGCACCGAGACGAAGAGAGAGAGUGAAAGAGAGAGAGAGGAAGGACGGACGGACAGCACGGAAGGAAGGAAGGAAGGAAGGAAAGGAGGAGAGGAGGAGAGAGAGAAGUCUGACAGAGGAGAGGAAGACUGUGAAGAAGGGGCUCGUCUGGAACACAGAAGGAUCCUAAGAGCACAGAGCGCCAGCAGGGACCUGCUCACUGUCAAAGACAAAAGACAGGGAGGCCUUAGAGGGAGCGAGGGAGGGACUGGUCGAGGGAGGAGAGGAGGAAAAGGUGGCAACAGUGAGAGAGAGUGAGCCCUGGGCUGGAUGGGACCCACCAUGCCCCCCAGUAAGAAGGCCCAGAGCCCCAGUAGUGGAGCCAGUGCUUCGCAGGGUAUGAGCCCACCGUACCGGCAGGGGGACGCCGCCACAGCAGCAUCCGAGGCCGAGGCGGCUGACCUCUCGCUGUCCCUGUCCGCCUCCUUCUCCAAGGCCGAGGACGAGGAGCUCACCAGCCUCUCCUGGCUCCACGAGAGCACCGACCUCCUCAACAGCUUCAGCCACUCAGGGCUGCGUAGCGUCUCCCCCCUGCAGGACCCCGACGGUCAGCACGCACGCUCGCCCUCCUCGUCGUCUCCCUCCCCUGACGACCCCCUGCUCAGCGAUGCACACUCAGCGUAUGACUUGGUAGCAGGGGCCAACCGAAAACCACCGUACUCCUUCAGCUGCCUGAUCUUCAUGGCCAUCGAGGAUGCGCCAAAUAAGCGGCUGCCGGUCAAGGAUAUCUACGGCUGGAUCCUGGAGCACUUCCCUUACUUUGCAAGCGCCCCCACAGGCUGGAAGAACUCAGUGCGCCACAAUCUAUCGCUCAACAAGUGCUUCAAGAAGGUGGAUAAAGACCGGAGCCAGAGCAUAGGCAAAGGCUCUCUGUGGUCCAUAGAUCCGGAGUAUAGGCACAACCUGAUCCAGGCGCUGAAGAAGACGCCGUACCAUCCCUACUCGCCCGGCCUGGCCACCCCUUCCACCUCCCCACCCACCCUGCCUCAGACAUUUCACCACAGUCCUCCAUUGUGGUCGGGGAGUCCCCUCUUCAGAAAGAACGGAGGAGUUCUCCUACAAGUUCCUCGUGGUGUGAUCCAAAAUGGCGCCCGUGUCAGGAGCCAGGCACUCUUCCCUGUGAUAAGACCCCUACCUGUAAGCCCUGUGGGGAGCAGAACCUCGGCCAUAAGAUCAUCCCUGGGAGAUUAUCUAAGCCGAGGACAGGACAGCCCAUCCCGCUACUCUCCUCCGCCCUGCAGCGAGGACCUCCAGGACGACCACACUUACAGCACCGCAAAAUCCCCCAGCAGGCUGUGCUCCUCCGAGGUCGCCACCCCUUCCUCCCUCCUGGACGACGACGACGACAUCAUCGCCGUGGAGAUCCAAUCAGACAUCAAACCCGAGCCCCGGGAGAUCCCGCUGGAUUCUCAUGUCACCACUGCCGCCGCUACCUACAUUUCCCAGCAGCCCCUGCGCGGACAGAGACGUAGCUCGGGGGCGGGAGCUGGGACUCUGGCAGGAAGCAGUUUGCCCUGGACCAAAAACCGAGCGAGGGGCAUUAGCGACACGCUGCCGCUGAAGAAGCGGCGCGCGGCGGCGGUGGAGAAGCCGCCGGAGAGUGACGACGAGGAGAUGAAGGAGGCAGCGGGGUCGCUGCUCCACCUGGCGGGGGUCAGAGCCUGCCUCAACAACAUCACAAACCGCACCGCCAAGGGCCAGAAGGAGCAGAAAGAGGCCCUGAGAAACUAAGACGCACACGUAGAACAAGUACAUAGUCAUGCAAACACACACAGACGGUAUACAGCUCAAAGCACGCACACACACACAUUAACACACAGACACACUCACAUACAAUACACAAAUAGGUCAACAGGUAACGUUACUACAGCAUUAGUCUCAACGGACACUUCUCAUCUCCCUCUAUCUAUCUGCAGGGCAUUAGGUGAAUCCUACUUAUUUGUGGCAAUAUCAAAAAUCUAUGUUUUCCUACAUGUUCAGCAACACUAACAUCAAUGGGUAUUUCUCAUGUGUCUUUGUUGUUUUUGUUGUUUAAAAGGGGAUGAAAGCCAUAAAAAAAAGCAUUGUUUUGUCACUAAUUUGGACAAGUUGAACACAACAAAACUGAAUCACAUUGAGGAGGGAGCGUACAGGACAUGAACACAGACGAUGGCUGUUUGUCUUACCUGUUUGUUUCUAUGUGAAUCUGUAGCAAUCUUGCAGUGAUGCCAGCGAAGAGGGCAGAGCCGACGAGACGAGCCUAUUUAACAAGACUUAGAGCUCUCUCGGCCGCUCACUGGCAUCACUCGCCUACAUCCACGAGCACAAAUGUGAGACUGUGCCAAAGAUAAGCGACCAGGUUGCUUCAUGUAGCCGAUACGACAGCUGACAAAAAAAAAAGGAAGGCAUAGUAGUAAAGAAGAGCUAGAGAGAAUGACCUUAAGUGUCAAAAUAAUUGUAAAACCCAAUGUGAUAUAUAUAUUCAUGCACUUAAGAUUAUUUAACGCCACUUAUAAUAGAAGCAUCAUGGGUAAAGACAUGGUUUAUUUCAAGAGCACUCAUAGUAUUUAAGAAUAGAUAUUUUAAAAUAAAAAAAGGUCAUGUUUAUCACCAUAGAGAUGGAUAGUGUGCCGGGUCUGAGGCAAUAUCUCCUUCAUUUUGUUGUUGUUGUUGCAUAAUGUAAACGUCCCUAAAACUUCCCCAGUACUUCUGUCCAUAGACGUAGACACCUGGUAUAGAUAUCAUAGCUACCAGUAGCUACCACGCCUUCCUAUUCAUUUGACAAUGUCAAAGAACUAUAAACAUAAACUGUGGGUUUAGAUUUCUGUUUGUGUCUGUUUACCCUCACUCUACCCUCAUAAAGAUAUAAGCAAUUUGUCCCGUGUGGACAACUCUGUAAAAAGGUAAGAAAAUAUUUUAUUUUUUUCCUUUCUUAAUUGAAGCAAUUUGACCUGCAGGACUUUCUCAGUUAUAUUGCAUGGGUGCUUGUAAAUAAGAUAAAAAGCAAAUCUUUUUUAUUCAAAGAUCAUGUAAGAUAAACAAUGUAUUUAGCAUGAAGCAUGACUUAUUUUCAUAUAAACCUUGAUCCUAGAGGAAAGAAAAAAAGUUUUGCCGCCAAUUCUUAUACCCGUGAUUAUAUUGGAUUUUUUUUUUUGUUUUGUUUUGUUUUGUUUUGUUUUGUUUCUUUGAAUCUUUUGGGUUCUUUUUUUCUGAGCGGGCUUUCAAAGACACGUCUUCAGGGAGGAACGUGGGAGAUCACUCUGCAAUUAGAGGCCCGAGGGUGCCACCUCUGGGCUUCGAGUUCAGGCUAUGUAGGCCAGCUGAAUCACCUCUUAGGGGUGGGCUUCCGUCUUCUUCUGCCUGUACAGUGAUUUUUAGGUGUUCAGUGUUAACCCCAGUGUUAUUUCAGAACACAUCUGUAGAGUGUGUGAGUUUGUGUGCCCAGGAACACACACCCUUUAACAUUGUGCCUGCCUGCCUGCCUGCCCUCAGUACCUCUGUUGUCAUGUCUCUGACAUGUUUUGACAGAACGUUACCUGUCUUUAUUUAUAACAGUAUUGUUUUUUUUUCUCUCUCCUGUGUGUAAAUGUACAUGUGUCCUUAUUUUCCAUCAGCAUUGUUCAUUGUAACUGUAUGGAUCAGACGGGCAUGGGAAACUUUGUAGGUGUCCUGAAAAAACCUCAUAUCUCUAAAAAAAGCUACUCGGGAGCUGAACUGAAAAGAGAGAGAGAAUGUAGGAGAUGGCAUAAAUAACAAAAAAAAAUGUUUUGUUUUUUUGGUUUACAUACAGUAUUGUAAAGCCUUUGAUUAAAGGAAUUACCUGCCGUUGUGGAUGUCAAGCUUGCAUACAGUCGAUCACAUAUUUAUCUCAAGAGUCCAAUCUGGAGAUCAGAAGUUGUUUUUUUUUAAGUAUUUAAUAUGUGUAUUUCACUUAGGGUCAUGAAAACACUGACUUGACUGAAAUUCACAAGGGCAGUAGUGAGCUUUGACAUUUUUGCAUCAGAAGUGAUAUAGAUACUGCACAGGCAUUAUUUUCGCUGAAACAGGAACGCAUUAAAGUAUUAAUUCCCCCCCCCCACUUGCACAGAUGCAGUGCAUAUAAAAAGCAGCUUUGUAGGAGAAAACAUAGGCUGGGUUUGGUUGUAGCAGCAGAGUCAGACAUGGUUUUGUUUAAGCUGUUGAGUGAUUGUCAGCGAGCCAAGCAGGCAAACAAAUGCAUGUCCCAUCCACUGGUACAGUCUUUUGCCACCUGUAGCAUGCAUCACUGGCUUUGCAUUUUGUAUGGUAUCCAUGCCGACAUAUAAAAAAGGCUAAAAGGAGACACUGUCAGUGUUCUUGUUGUGUGCCAUCCGUCUCUCGUCUGAUAUCUGUCUGAGUGCUCCCGCGGCCCAGGUCAAGCACUCUGCUGUAUUUGCAGUAACAAUCCACUGUUGUGGUGACUAAUAAUGUGUUCAGCUGGCAAGAGGCAUGUCGAGGGGAGAAUGUGUUGCUUUAGCAACCACCUUUUUUCCUCUGACUCACUCAGUGACAUGCAGGAAAGAUGAACUCCUGACCUAGGAGUCCUGGAAAAACAGAGCAACACAUAGAAUAUAUGUGAGACAUUUUAAAGCAAAGGAAAUAUACUUCACUGCCUGAGAAGCCCCCUAAAUCAAGUGUUUCUUUCAAACCUGCCAAACAAUGAAACGCUCUAAAAAAAAAAAACAAGUUGCCAUUUUUUAUUUGUUGAUGUUUUAUGCGCUUUUUCAUUUUCUGUUUUGUUUUCUCUCUGACAAAAUUAUCUACAAUACUGCCAUUAUUUUUGGUGACUGUCUGAGCUGAAUAUUGGAAAGCCAUAGGUUAGAGAUGUCAAAAUGCAAAACUGUUAUUGAUCUGUGAGAUGUGAUGCGGAGUACACCCAGGUGUUGGUUUUUUCAGUAAAUGUUCAAUUCUCUCCUUAUUGUGCAAUCAUAUUGCCAAAGAAUGAUUUCAAGACCUAUUUCAUCACUACAUGUAAAUAUCAACGUUGUCCAAUACCGUGGCAAAAAAUAUAUAAAUGUUGUUUUAUUUUGUUUUCCAUUUUCUGAAAAACUGCAAUGAUGUUUAUGUGAUGUAUUGUCUUCCAGUUGGUUGCAAUAAUAAAAAAUACAAGUUGCAGAAGA